CCGGGAUCUAACUCCACAGACCUUUUUUUGACGGGUACUGCGAACUAGACUCAAACAGAACAGCCUCACCAAAUUGACAUCACAGACCGUGCAGCACUGUCAUUCUUACUCAGGAACCAAUUGAAUACAUAUUGACACUUUACUGCUAUACACCUACAAACACACAUGCGUUUCCCAACUUCUCUAUGAGAGACUAUCCCUCCGCGCUCUUCCCCGUCUUCCGCUACGAUCCCCAGCGGUAGAGGCAUAUGUCUCGUGUCCUAGAAUCUCGUUCCGCGAAAUGACCGCAACCGAUCGCGAACAAUGCCUGACUCCUACUCAAGGACUAGCCAAACCAAGUAAAUUUUAUCCCGCAAAGAUAUCAAUACCUCACCAUCAGUUGCGACACUACAUCAGCACGACAGAUGGGAAUCUCAUCUACUAUGUCACAAACUACGAUGUGUUUGUACUCAACCUCGAAACCCAACAGAGUUCCCUCCUAGCCACGAUACCCUUCGAGGCGAGAUGUCUUGCUGCGGACCUGGGGUGGGUAUGUGUGGGUGGAGAGAUGAAUGGCGACUGCGCGUUCAUCAAGGUUGAGAAAGAUGAUUACGGUCACCCGAAAUGCUUCGGACACGAUCUGGUGGUGGAUGUGCUUGGGGGAGAAAUAGUCAACUCGAUGAAUAUACACACAAUGAAAAGCCCUAAGGCGCCGGAUGAGCCCAUUGUGUUGAUCAGCAACAACGACAAGACCAUCAAGGUAUACUCUCUUGUACAACGGCAGGUCUUGACCACUUUGUCUCACAAGCAACCCAUGAAUUUUGCGGCAAUGUCUCCGGACUCAGAGAUUAUUGCGGCAGUGGGUGAUUCCGACAAGGUACACUUCUACCAGCGUCACCUCGACCGCUUUUCAGAGAAUGGUUAUGCCAAGUUCGAUUGGCUUCCAUUCGCUGAGGUGGUUGUUCCCACGGGAGACCCUGUAUACGACGACUACAGUUUCGCCGUUGCAUUUUCACCGUCUGGACAUCUAUGCGCGUCUUCCUCUCAAGGUGGCUCGAUAACCGUUUUCGACAUGGAGCGCCUUGUUCAUUCUGACAAGAAUCCUGGCAAUUCGAUCUUGUGUACGUUUCGGUCUUCUCGGCCUACAUUGUGGGGCUGUGUUCGAGCCAUGGCAUUUUCUCCUGCACCGUGGGACAUCCUUGCUUGGGCUGAAGAUCAUGGAAGGAUAGGUCUGGCAGAUGUCAGACUUUGUUUCAUGCGGCGACAGAUACUGGAAUUGGAUUCACAUAAGGCCGAGACGGUAGAUCUUGAGGAUGGCACGCCCGUCACCUACCGAAAUCUGGGAGUCAAAGAGCGUCUGAAACAACAACAUCUGGCUCGACUUCGAGCUAUUCGAGGUUCAAACCCCACCGAAACAGUAUCCGAAACAAAUAACGAAGAAACUGAGGCUGGCCGGCGUUAUACUCGGCAGGACUUGUUGAGUUAUCAUCAAGGACUGGAUCUAGACGCACGAGAAAGAUCAGUUAUCGAUGCGCUGGAAACCACAAUGGACAAUGUAGAGCAAACCGCCACGCGCCCCUUCAGUAUCAACUACACAUCUUCACCACAACAGAGGGAACAACAGUUUUCUCAUGGGUACAAUAUUGAUCUGCUAGCUCCUCUCCGCGGAUCCCAAGUUAGUCGGUCCCAUGGACCUCGUCGGAGGACCUCGGUGGUACUGUCGGAAUCUAGUUCGACUGGCAAUCAACUCCUUGAUCCCAACAACAACGAAAGAACCAGACUGUCUGCAUCUCCUGUCAGGAUAGGUGAGGACGAACACGCCACCACACGAUCACCAGAUCCUCCGGCACACACCAGCCGAAUCCUGUCGAGUAAUAUUCCACCAAGUGAUCCUUGGCACGUAAUACAAACCGCUCUCGAGACAGCACGAGAGUCGGACAACAGCAACCGGGCGAAUCUGGCCCGAAUCGAGGCUGCUCUGGAGUCCGAACGUCAGCUGGGGAACCAACUGGAGCGUCAACUGGCCGACGAACGACAGCUGUCAGCUCUUCUGCGCAGACAACUCGACACUCAACAACGAUUACUCAUGGAGAAUUCGACCCAAUUGGACCAUCUUCGCGCAGUGGCCCGAGAAUCCAAUGCCCGCGUCGAAGCCUCUCUUGAACGAGUGUUUCAACGUCAACUCGCCAGCGAGGAACAAUUCCUACAGCAACGCUCCCGAGAGCUACAGGAACAGAUGACCGCUGGGGAACAAUAUGCGCAAAGACUCACCAGAGAACGAAAUCGUCUCAUAAUGGCCAACCCCGAAAGAGCCACGGAGCUUCAGCCAGUAUUUCCCAUCGAAAGAAAUUCUCCAGAUGCUCGCAGCACAACUCUACCUACCACUCUGCGACCUGACAGUCUCUCCAGCGUCCUGUCCGAACACAGCGAAUCUCGGAACCAACGGAUUCAGCAUAUAGAACAUCUGCAGCGUCAAGUCCGUCGCGCUGAGUCACGGGUGGCAUUGGCGACGGCUGACAUCCAAGCCCUCGAGAACGCCAUACGUCGUGAAUUCGGUCGUCAGGAGCAAACCGAGGUCGAUACUACACCACGGAGGCCGGGCGAGUGGAACACAGUCAACCCUCCAAGCUGGCGUACCGGAUUGAACCCGUCCGAACGAAAUCGAUCUGCCGCCGCCGCUGCAGCAGCCCGGCGUGCCCACGACCGAGGAAGUCAGACUCUCGCCGACCUUGCAAGUCGCAUCCCAGACUCGGAUCUGCGACUGGCCAGGAUGAUGUUCUUGUCAGGUAUGUCAGGCAAUCGCGCGACGGAUGCAAAUGGCAAUUGGACGGCUGGCGCAGGCUUGAACAGGGUUCUGGCGGGCGCAUCAUCUCUGACAGCACGAGAACCUCCGACCACCACCACGGCAGCGGAUGCUGUGCGCGAGAUGGGACCUGGGACUGCUGGCAUUGGCUUCAGUCCUGAUGGUCAAUAUCUGUAAGUUUCACACGCACCGGAGUCGCUGUUUGACGCCCCGACUGACAAAAUAUAGCUUUGCCGGCUCCGAAGAGGGUAUUUACGAGUUCAAAAUCAACCUGCGCGACCGUAUGACGUUCCCAGCCGUCGAGUUCAGAUGAGCUUGCGACUGACACUGUAUGUUUAUGAAACUUGAUGAAUUUUGGUGCGACGGCGUCAUCUUGUGCGGAGCUUUUUGGCGUCGAAAACAAAAUCCCAUGGUUCGGGCUUCACGGAUCGAUUAGCAGACCACAGGGCUGGCGCACACUUGAAAUACUGUAUGUUGAUAGUCUACCCUUUCUUGACAUUCUUGAGCAGUAU